CUCCUGUUUACACGCACUGGAAUUUUUCUUUCUGACGUCAUAACAUGGCAGCGGCCAUUGCUUGAUUGUAGCAACAUAUUUUUUCGGACCACUUUGAAAGCAAGUGAAAGUGAGAGCGAGGACUUGACAGUUUGUAAAUACAAAAACGAUUCUAACGAAAACUGUAAAUUAAUCGAAAGUACAACAAGUAGCAGUGUUGAUCAACAGCAAGUUCACAUAAACGAGUUAGAAGAACAAGGUUUGUUAGAAAACCAGUUAGAGAAACCAUUAACACUUGAAUUACCCAUACUUACAAUCAUAGACCCACCUUAUUUGGUAGAUAAUACUACCAUUGAGGAGUCAACAAUUUCCAUGGCAACAGAAGCUGAAACUCUCAUUCCUGUUCAGGAGUUACCAGUGAGUCAAGAAGUAGCUAUUUUGGAUAACUCUGUUGAUAUUAAGGAAACAGAAGCCCCACUUAGUCUUCCAGAAACCACUAAUAUUGAAGAUAUUAUUAAUGAUUUGAGUGGUGAUUCAGAGGAACAAGAUAACAAAAUGGCUCCAACAAUUGACAAUGGUUUAGCUGUAAAUGAGAACGAUAAAUCAGCCCAGAAAACAGAUGAAAACCAGAAAGUAAAAUCUGGUUCUGUUUUAAAAAGUAAAAGGAAAGAAGAUAAAGGUAUUGAUCAUAUUCUACGUGCCUUAAGUAGCUUGGAUACUACAGAAGAAAAACUUGCAGCUCUGUGUAAAAAAUAUGCUGAUAUACAUGAAGAACAUCGGGUAUUACAGGUCUCUUUUAAACAAGCACAGAGACGUAUGGCUGUGAUAAGUCGAGAAAAAGAUCAAAUUCAAUCUGAACAUACUAAGGCAGUUAUGGGUAAAAGUAAACUAGAGAGUCUGUGUCGAGAAUUACAGAAACACAAUAAAAUUAUCAAGGAAGAAAGUAUACAGCGUGCUAAAGAAGAAGACGAAAAAAGAAAAGAAAUUUCUGCUAAAUUUCAGACAACCAUUGGAGAAAUUCAGCAACAAAUGCAAGAUAACCAUGACAGAAAUUCUAAACUUCGUGAAGAAAAUGCAGAUUUAGCAGGAAAACUGAAAGGUUUUAUUGAAAAAUAUGAAAUCCGGGAAGAGCAAUUAGAGAAGUUAAUGAAACAUAGAGAGGUAGAACAACAAUUGGCUGAUGCUAAACUACAACAAGCUAAUCUUAUACUAAAACAAGAACAGGAACGAGGAUCAAAAGAAAAGGAACUUUUACUUACUCAAACCGAAGAAUCUGUGAAAAAAGCCAGCAUUUUAGAAGCUCAGCUAACCAUGUACAAAGACAGAUAUGAAGAGUUUCAAACAACAAUAAAUAAAAGUAAUGAAAUGUUCCAGAAAUUUAAAUCAGAAAUGGAUAAGAUGGGUAAACGUAUAAAGAAACUAGAGAAAGAAGGAGCCUCGUGGAAAGCUAAGUGGCAGGGAUGUAAUAAAGCACUGUUAGAUAUGGUGGAUGAAAAACAAAAGAAUGACCAAGAAAGAACAAAAUUACAAACAAAAAAUAAUAAGUUAGAAUCUCUGUGUCGAGCUUUACAAAAUGAACUCCAUGGGAAGAAAGGAGGUGAAGUUAAAGAAAUUGUAGAAAAUUCUACACCGUUGAAUACCCAAGAGGAAUCUUCGAGUCCUAGUGUCGAUUCUACAGAAACCACACCAGUUAUUCAAAAACUUGUGAAUGGAACAAAUGCAGAUGAAACACCUUCCAGUUCUGAUACCACAAACACAGAAGAAUCUUCAAAUUCACACAUCCAUGCAGAUUCAGGGGAAGGGGAGGUAACUUCAACAACGGGAGGCAUUUCACAACCAGAAGAAAAACCUGCUGAUGAUGGUCUAGAUUCGGCAGUAAAUGCUAUGAAUGAAGUCGACUAACCCUUAUAUUUCACUUUAUUUUUCAAUAAUUCUUUUCUUAGUUUUCAGUUUAUUUUAAAACUACAUGAUGAUUAGUCAUUGCUGUAUUUUCCAUUCUUGUCUUAAUUUAAUUUAAUAAUUCAUAAUGAAAUGUUAAGUUAAUAAUAAUUAUCUAGCUUUUGUCAGAACAAUUAUUUAUGAUUAAAGUGCCAUGCUAUGUAUAUUGAGUGAAAGCUUGUUUAAAGCUUAUAAAAAGUUAUUACUGCCUGCAUAAUUUUGAAAGAAGAUAGUGCUUCUUUAGUGUAUGUCAUAUUUACAAGUCAUCUGUAUGGUCUAUGUUUUAAGUUACCGGUAUGUAUAAGAUUCUUUUCUUGUAGUUUAUUUUGAUUGUUGUAUCAUAUCAAUAACAUGGUGAGAAUGUUGUAUCUUGUAGAGGAGAGAUAGGCACACCCAUCAUCUCCAACUUGUAGAUAUUCCCUUAACCAGCCCCUUCAUUCCUCAGUGUGGUGACGCAAGGAGUGUGAUAUUGUCUUUUUUGCAUAGAGAAAAAUAAAGUUUUGAACAAUAA